CGCCUCGUCGAACCCACCGGCGUUAGCCAUGGCGUUGCCGCCGCGGCCAGAUGGGCGCCUCCCAGAGGCCCCAGCGCCGCCGGUGGACGGCCUCGCCGACGACAUCCUCGCGGCCAUCCUGAUCCGCCUCCCGACACUCGCCGACUUCGGCCGCUCCGCCGCCGCCUGCUCCGCCUUCCGCCGCGUCAUCGCCGACCCCGCCUUCCUCCGCCGCGUGCACGCCCUGCACCCGUCCCUCCUCCUCGGCUUCCUCACCUUCAGGGGAGGGUUCCGCCUCACCGAGCCGCCGUACGCCUCCGCCCCCGCCGCCCGCGCGGUCGCCCGCGCCGCCGACUUCACCUACUCGUUCCUGCCCGGACCGAGUGGGUGGGUCGUCCGCGACGCCCGCGACGGGCGCGUCCUUUUGUCCAGAGACAACGGCGGAGGGGACGGCAUCUUCACGAAACUCGGCGUGUGCGAUCCCUUGUUCCGCCGCUACGUGGUGCUUCCCCAAAUUCCUGAGGACCUGGGCGCCGCGGUCCAGGAACCGCACCUUUUGGAUCUCGAGCGGAAGUUCGAGGUCUUCCUCGUGCCGUCCGACCAGGAGGUGGCGGCGGCGGCGCAGACGUCAUUCAGGGUGGUUUGGAUGGCGCUGUGCCCGACUAAGCUGGUCACAUUCAUCUUCUCAUCUGUCAGUGGGCAGUGGCAUGCUGUUGCGUCCCCCACUUGGAACGAUCUGGACCCUGCCAAGUCCCGUGUGACCAUGACGUGCCGUCUCCUGUACUUCCGCAGCUACGCUUACGGCUGUUUCUACUGGAUGAUGAUGUCUAUCACGCCCAAUUUUGUUGUGCUCGACAUGGCUAGGAUGGAGUUCUCGCUUCUUAAGUACCCAUCACCCUUUAGUGGGCAGGCUUCUAUCAUUGUUGAGGCAGGAGAAGCAAGGAUUGGGAUGUUUUCUUUCAAUGCUCGGUUCGGAGAAAGCUUUGAUCUAGAUAUGUUUUCGACAGUUAGGCCAAACCAAGGUGAGGGCACCAACGAAUGGAAGACGAUGAGGGGAGCAAUACUGCCUCAUCAGUAUAGGUACAAGAUACUAGGUGUGGUCAACGCUCGAUUGCUGAUACAAGGUGACCUGGAAUUUGUCGACGAAGAUUUUCUUCCGCCAAAUGUGGAAGUUCUUUCGAUUUCACUCAACAUAGAUUACGAGAGUGUCUGUGGAAUGAUUGACGAGGCUCUGCAUCCUCUGCCACUCAUUGGUUACCCGCCAUCACUAUCGUCACCAAGUAUAUGAGGAUCUCAUAUGCACUUUGGGGGUUCUUUUGUAUCAUGCUGCUGGUGUGGACUAGUGUGAUGUGGAUUGAAAGCAUGGCGAGUUUGCGGCAUAUCAGGGGUUUGGCUUUCGUCCUCUAGACUGUUGAUGGCAUAAACUAGCAGGCUCCUACCUUUUGGUUUGUAUGUCCAGAAACCUUGAUGCUUUUCUAUGAACUGAACGUUUUUUUUUAUAGGAGAACUGAACGCUUUUAAAUCCUAUCCAGUAUGUAGGCUACGACCUUCUUAAUCUGAACGCUUCCUAAGUCCAGGAGCAGCAUGUGUCCUAUGACAUUGUUAUCAGUUAAGGUUCUCUAUGUUUCAUGCU